CUAGCAGGAUCCCGUAGUCAGGAAUCCCGGAAACGCUGCAACUGACAGCUAAACACUCAGCAUGGGUUGAUUUUUUUUUUUUUUCUUUUUGUAGAAGGACAACCUGAGGCGCAGUCCUCCAGUCAAAACCUCUCUAGUAAUGAAAGCGGGAAACUGAACAUCCGUGAUCUCAGCUGUAUUUGGAUAAGCUGACAUUAAGCCAACCAUGGAUCGGGAGGAGGAGGAAGAGGAGCUGACUGCCAAGGCAGCACCAAAGGACGUGGACGUGUUGACGUCCAUGUGCUGCCUGGGUUACCUGUCCAGCGUCAGCCUCCUCGUGGCCGUAUGCGUCGGCAUGUACGUCCGCUGGGAGGUGACGGACGAACCCAUGAUCCUGGUCAUCUUCAUCCUCGGCCUCUUCGUCCUGGGAAUCGCCAGCAUCCUCCAUUACUACUUUGCCAUGGAGAAGGCCAGCCUCAGCCUCUUCCACCUGUGGUCCGGCUUUCUGCUCGGACUCCUCUGCUUCCUCAACAGCCCCGUCUUGGACUCGAACGUGACGGAGCUCGUCGCCAACUAUCUCCUCGUCGCCAGCGUGGCGAUGAAGGCGGCCUGGGCCGUAACCGAGCGCGUCCGCCGCUCGGUCCGUCACAAACCCGCGCUGCUGACGUCGGCCGAGUGGCUCGAGCUGCUGGGAUUUGGAAUCGCCAGCACGGCCAUGCUCCUUCACAAGUCGGCGGCCAUCGUCUGCUUGGUAGUGGCCUUGGGAGCGCUCAUCGUGGACUUGAGGAUGAAGUCCCUCCUCGCUUUGCCCAACUUGAUCUGUUUUGCGCUGGUCACUUCUCUCGCGUUCUUUCAGGCCUUAGGCAUCCCAGCCAACCCUUUUGCCUUAGGCUGCUACCUGGGCAGGCAGCUCUGUGAUCCGGUGUUGGACGUGUACUUUAGCGGGCUUGGGCCCAGCGAGCGCUGGAUGCCUGUGCUCUCACUAGGGAAGGUGUGGAGGAGACUGUCCCUGUUUCCUCUGGGUCUGAUGGAGCUGGCCUUCUUUAUCUUCGCUGCCUUGAAGCUCGGCGACUUGGAGCUGUGGUAUCUGGUGAUCCCCGGCUUCUGCCUGUUCGGCCUCUUCUGGGUCGUCUGCCACAUCAUUUUGCUGGUGACAAUUUGGGGCUUCCACAGCAAGCUGACCGACUGCCAGAAAGCCUGGCGGGCGCAUCCGUCAAGUAAACGUAGUCUGGAGCAGGUCAUGGCCUCCCGGGGCAUCCGACACUUCUGCCUCAUUUCCGAACGCCUGGUCUUCUUCAGCCUGCUGUCGACCGUCGUGCUGGGGGCCGUGUCCUGGCAGCCCUCCAACGGCCUGUUUCUCAGCGCUCUGCUGGUGGUGCUGCCCCUGGAGUCUCUGGCACACGGCCUGUUCCACGAGCUGGGCGGCUGCCUGGGAGGAACCUGUGCUGGCUACGCGCUGGUGAUGCCCACUAUUUACUACAGUGCCGGCGGCCAGCCCACGCUCCUGCCGCCCGAGCACGUGCAGGAGUUGAACCUGCGCUCCACGGCCAUGCUCAACGCCGUGCAGCGCCUCUUCUCGCACCACAUGGUCCAGACGUUCGGCUGCGACUACUCCACCAGCGGCGUUACCCUGGAGGCCGUGCAGAACAAGCUGCAGAGCUUUCUGGAGCUUCGGACGGCGGACGGUCCGCGCCACGACACGUAUUUGAUUUUCUACAGCGGACACUCGCAGAAAGGCUCCGGGGCCUGGGCCCUGGCAGGAGGCGAGAGUCUGCACCUGAACCAGCUGCUGGAGAUGUGGAGGGAGAAGAACGGCGGCCACGGCUCCCGCCUCAUCGUGGUCCUGGACACGGAGAACUCCCUGCCGUGGGUCAAAGAAGUGCGGCGCCUGGAGGGCAUCUACAUGGCGGUGCAAGGAGCCAAGCUGCCAGCCUCCAGGCCUGACCCGGAAUCCGGCGACGUCCCGCUCCUCGGCGACUUCACCUCCGAGUGGGUGGAGUUCAACUGCAACCCGGCCAGCGCCAACCAGUGGACAGAAAAGGGCAGGACUGUGAUGGCCACGUACGGCGUGUCCAAGCGCUGGAGCGACUACGCGCUUCACCUUCCCACCGGGAGCGACAUAGCCAAGCACUGGAAGACCCACUUCCCCAAGGCCACCUACCCGCUGAUCCACCUGUCCAACUGGUGCUGCGGCCUGAACCUGUUCUGGUUGUGCAGCGUGUUUCUCCGCUGCUUCAGGAGGUAUAAACUGGCCUGGUUUCCUCCAGCUGUGCUGGACACUGGGCAGGGCAUCAAAUUGGUACAGUCAUAGGGGACACAAGGUUAUUGGUUUUGAUUCUACGCCAUAGAGAAGGGCUGGUUUAUGGUUGUCCAUCAAAAGUUCUUUAUAUCUGGAAAAUAUGUUUUUAUGUUAUUUUUUUUAUUAACUUUAUUGUUAUUUGUAACCAUUGUCAUUGAUGGCAGACCGAAGGAAGACAGGAAUUAAAAACAUAUGUUUUGUAGUUGACUUUUUUUUUUUUUAAGUUUCAAAUUGUGCCAUUUAUUUAUAACUUCUUGCCUUUUUAAAGGGGGAUAUUUGGCCUUUAUGCCUUUUUUUUAUGUAUCCACUCUUUGUAAAUCAAUACUGUACACUAAGUGAUUAUACGCUGUUUUGCACAUCCUUUUGUUCAUUUUCCCCAAUCAGGCAUAAGAGUUUUUGUUUUUGUUUUCAUGUUCAUGCUGAGACAUAGAAACUUACCAAGCAAAACAGUUAAUCAAGGAACACAACACAACGCUUUUUUUUUUUCGUGCACAGGACAACAGACUUCACUUUAAUUAUUCCUUCAUGUAAUGCUGCCUUAAAGGGGGGUUGGGGGGUUCAACGGUGUUUCCAAAGAGAUCAGGUAGCGUUAUUUGUAUGCAAAUCUCUAUACUGUUGGAACAAAGGUUGAAGAAUAAACUCGUGAAAGAAA